AUGGGGGGAGGGGGGUUCCAGUCAGUUUGGGGGGGUUCCCCAGUGAAUAGACGCGGGUACCUGCACACCUGCGGGUACCUGCACACCUGCGGGUACCUGCACACCUGGUACAGGUUAGGCCUCAGAUGGGGCCGGGACCCAUUUAGGGACCGACGCCCCCCCCCACCCAAAAGUGACCGCGGGCAGCGCACUCGGCGCAUGCGCGCGGAGCCGCUCCGCGCCGCCGCUGACGUCAUCACAGCGCGCCGCGCCAUGAGCGCGGCCGAGCGCGGCCCCGGCGGCCCCGGGGGUCCCGACCCCGGCGGGGGCCGCAAAGCUCGGGGGCGGCCGCGCCUCACCGAGACGGACCGGGCUCGGCGGCGCCUGGAGUCGCGCAAGAAAUACGACGUGAGGCGCGUGUACCUGGGAGAGGCGCACGGGCCCUGGGUGGAGCUGCGGCGCCGCAGCGGAUGGAGCGACGCCAAACUGGCGGCCUACCUGCUGGGGCUGGAGCGCGGCCAGCGAGCGGGGCGGCGCGGCAAACCCUGGGAGCAGCUCCCGAAAAAACCCAAACGCAAGAAAAGGCGCCGCCGGAACGUGAACUGCCUGCGGCACGCCGUGAUCUGGUACGAGGACCACCGGCAGCGCUGCCCGUACGAGCCGCGCCUGGCCGAGCUCGACCCGUCCGUGGGGCUCUACACCACGGCCGUGUGGCAAUGCGAGCGUGGCCACCGCUACUUCCAGGACCUGCACUCGCCCCUGCGGCCCCUCAGCGACUCCGAGGGCGAU